UCGCUUCCCUCCUCUCCCACCUCAAAAUCCCCUCCAAAUUUGUCCGAAACCAGGGGUAGGGGUAGUCACAGAAUCUCCCACCCCACCCCCACAUAUACAUACACACUUGUAUCUCUAUUACCACCUUCCUCUUCCUCUUCCUCUCACCACAACUCUAUACAGAUAGAUAGGGAGAGGAAAUUCAACAAGUGGCUCCCCAAAGCUGAAGCUAAUUAGCAAUGGCGGUUUCCACCAUGUACACAGUCCAAUCCCUCAACUCCUCCUGCUCAAUCCCAUCAAAACCCCACCUCGGAUUCACCCAAAAACACCUCCUCCUCUUCACCACCCCCAAAAAAUCCACCCCCAAAAGGCCCCCCUCUGACACCUCCACCUCCACCACCAUCUCCUGCUCAGCCGAUCACAAGACCGUCGUCAUUGGCCUCGCCGCCGACUCCGGCUGCGGCAAGAGCACCUUCAUGCGCCGCCUCACCAGCGUCUUCGGCGGCGCCGCCGAGCCCCCCAAGGGCGGCAACCCCGAUUCCAACACCCUCAUAAGUGACACCACCACUGUCAUCUGCUUAGAUGAUUAUCACUCCCUCGACAGAACUGGUAGAAAGGAGAAAGGUGUGACUGCUCUUGAUCCCAGGGCCAACAAUUUCGAUCUCAUGUAUGAACAGGUUAAAGCCAUCAAAGAAGGGAUUCCUGUCGAAAAACCUAUUUAUAAUCAUGUCACUGGUUUGCUUGACCCUCCUGAGCUCAUUAAACCCCCCAAGAUUUUUGUCAUUGAAGGUCUUCAUCCAAUGUACGAUGCUCGGGUUAGAGAUCUAUUGGAUUUCAGUAUAUAUCUAGACAUCAGCAACGAAGUUAAGUUCGCGUGGAAAAUACAGAGGGAUAUGGCCGAAAGAGGGCAUAGCCUCGAAAGCAUUAAGGCGAGCAUUGAAGCCCGGAAACCAGAUUUCGACGCUUACAUUGAUCCUCAGAAGCAAUACGCUGACGCCGUGAUAGAGGUGCUCCCGACUCAGCUCAUCCCGGACGACGAGGGGAAGGUUUUGAGAGUGAGGCUUAUAAUGAAAGAAGGCGUAAAGUACUUCAACCCGGUGUACCUCUUCGACGAAGGCUCAACGAUCUCGUGGAUCCCUUGCGGGAGAAAGCUAACGUGCUCGUAUCCUGGCAUCAAAUUCACCUACGGCCCCGACACCUACUUCGGCCACGAGGUAUCGGUGUUGGAAAUGGACGGGCAAUUCGACCGGCUAGACGAGCUGAUAUAUGUUGAGAGCCAUCUUAGCAACAUUUCGACCAAAUUUUACGGCGAAGUCACGCAACAAAUGCUGAAGCACGCCGAUUUCCCUGGCAGCAACAACGGGACGGGCCUGUUCCAAACCAUCGUCGGGUUGAAGAUUCGGGACCUCUAUGAGCAGAUCAUCUCCAACAAGGUUUCGGCGCCGUUGGAAGCUUCCAAGGCCUGAGAAUCGCAACUUCCGGUCGCCGGAGCAGCGGCGGAAAUGUAUGAAUGCACGUAUGUAUGAAUGUAUGUAUGAAUGUAUUUAUUGUUUUUAAAAGAAAAGACUUUCCAGUUAUAGAGAAA